AUGGAACGCCAUUCACAACUGGAUGUCUUGGACGUGUUUCGAGUAGUUGCUAUCAUCUGGGUGAUAGUUAAUCACACUGGAAGCGAAGGACGAAUCGAUAUUCUCGAUCGAUUACCGUCAGCUGAGAAGUUCAAGGAUUCUGUGCACAAUAACCCCAUAUUCGGUGCACUGCUGGGCAACUCGGCGCUGGGUGUCGAGAUCUUCCUGGUGCUUUCCGGACUGUUAUGUGCCCGAACAUGGUUGAGAAGAGCCGAUCAGCCAUUUGCCGGCCACUACAGGACAUUCCUUAUCCGGCGAAUUCUUCGACUCGUUCCAUCGGUCAUAUUCUUCAUCUAUAUAGCGGCUGGUCCUAUCACGAAGCGUUUUUUGCCAAGAUUCCAUUCGACUAUGAUCUCUGCAUGUGGCGUGUCGGGUAUCGCUGCACACCUUACGCUUCUGGGUAACUGGCAAUCUACGCCCACAUGCCUGGGCUAUUUAUGGUAUCUCGGAUUGGAUAUGCAACUUUACAUAAUGGCCCCAUUCCUCCUGCACGCCCUCUACAAACGACCUGCUGUGGGAAAGUUGCUUUGCGUGCUAUUAAUCGUCACGUCAAUGUUCAUCCGAGCCGGUUACUGCAGUGCCUAUGAGGUCUGCCACAAGAGUGACGUCGACAUACCGUUCAUCUCGUAUCCUGGACAGGAUCCGGCAACACUGGCCAGCAUCUAUGGCGGCUUGUGGGAAAUGUACGCUCGUCCGUGCACAAAGUGUGGCCCGUUCAUACUCGGAUUGCUGCUAGGGACCGCCUCCACAAGCUUAAGACCCUCUCUGGACCGUCAUAGAUCACGCUACUUCGCCAGCACAUUUUUCGCACUCUGUGUAGCUGUGAUCUAUGCCAUUUUACCGCAGUACUGGUUCGGGGAUCAUCUGGAACGCUACAAUCUCUACUAUACUGCAACAUUCCGAACCAUUUUCGCUAUUGGCGUCUGUGGAAUGAUAUGGGCAUUCAUUUCUCGGUUAGAAAGAAAAUCCACCUCAUAUAUAUGGUCGAUAUUGGCUCGACUCACUUACAACACCUACCUCCUUCAUAUGCCUGUCAUCUACCUCUUCAACUAUUCACAAUAUCUUCAGCAAGCUCAAGGGGCCACCGAAUUGAUUGUAGUCGUUCCUUUCGUGGCUUUAUUAAGCUUUGCUGCUUCGUCAGUGUUCUACUUCUUUGUUGAGGCCCCAAUAGGAUAUGUGACUUCCAACUGUUUGGAGCAAAUAGACGGCGCUUUAAUGUAUUACUUCAUUAGGUUCAAAAACGCUUUGAAAUCCUCUCUCCUUCGAUUAUCCUCCUGA